CACGAUUUUGCCUGUGAAAGCGACCAUAAAAGCACUUGUUUGCUCGCAUUUCUCAUUGACGUUUGUUUGUUCCAGUAAUUUCUACAUUGACGCAUAUAGAACCGCUGUCUCGGGCCGCUAUCACACACAAUACCAUUCCAGUCACCGAGAUAGCCUCGGCUUGAUACCACGGACCGAAUAUCACAACCUCCCCCCGAACUUCAUACUUCACAUCUACAACAAACCAACAACACAACAAACCGCCAAAAUGGCCGACUCCAUGUGCGGCCCCUCCAACGCCCUCCAAAACUUCCAAAAACAAAGCCAAGGCGACCGAACCCUCCAACAAGACCGCCUCUCCGCCCGAACGCCACAAUCACAAGGCUUCCGCAGCGCCGGUCCCAGCGCCCGCACUCUCGACCCCGAAUUCGAAGCCUUCCAAGCCGGCCAGCUCCCCCUCCAACACCCCGAAGCCGGCUUCCACCCCGGCUUCCAGCACGCGCACACCCCCCAGCCGGGGCAGCACAUGAAUGCCGGCCCUGGCGCAUCAUGGGCGAACGAUUUCCAGCGCCUGGCCAUCGCGUCCCCAGGGAUGCAGCAGCAGGGUCUCCCACAGGCCCAGCACGCGGGGGGAUGGCACCAGGAAUUCGCACAGAUGAAUAAUACCCAAGCCGGAAUGCCACAACAACAGCAACACUCCUACAACGCCCCUCUCGAGCGCCUCUCCUCCCUCGCCACAACCCCCUUCGGCAUGGGCGGACAGCCCAUGUACCAAACCCCCAUGUACCAACCCGCUCAGCAAAUGCACCCCGAGCAACCCCAACAACUCAACUCCGAGAUCGGCACCUUCGACGAAGCUGCCUUCGCUGCCGCCUUCGACCAAGCCGCACAAUCAGAGCUGCAAUCCGAACAAGCCUCCCUCUCUCACGCCCUCCAAGAAGGCCACCUCACAGCCGCCCCAAUCGGCGCAGACGCAAUUCACCACCCCGACGCGCCCUCCCAACAACACCUCACACCCGCCCAAGAAAGCGAUGAUCUCGCCCGCACAGCCGGCGCGCUCCUGACGAGCGUGCAGGGCGACCAGAGCGAUAAAUUCGCCAACAGCCAGUUUCUGCAACUCAUGCGGCAGCUGCGGGAUAAAGAGGUCGUAGUAGAAGGAGACACCAUCAUGCCCGCAUCCGAGGCGGGAAUGGGCGGGCCGGCCGGGGGAGCAGAUAACUCUUCGCAGGGAGGACCGCCGUGGCUGGGUCCCGAUGGGCGCGGGAUGGCGUAUCGGAGCGCGAGCAGGCGCGUGCAUUACCGCGGGGAUGAGCCCCUUCUGGGUGGGGAUUCAUCGGAUCCGCUGCGGAGGGAUAUAGAGGCGAACCUGAUAAGGAUGGGUGAGGAGAUUAGGAGGGGGAUGGAGGAGACGGGAGAGGUGCCGAUUCAGUAUAAACGCGCGAAUGGCUGGGUUUUGGAAUCGUCUGCGUUUCUCGAUUCCACAGCUGACCACCAGACGCCGGUAGUCCCCCGCGCCAUGGUAGGGGGGGGGAGGGGUAUAUCAGGCUUGAGAACCGAAGAGGACCGUGUGCGCGCGCCGAGGGAGGAGAUGCAGAGGUUGGGGCCGGAGGAGGUGGAGAGGGCGACUAGGAUUGCGGAGGAGGAGGGGGUGAGGGGGGUGAGGGAACGGUUGAAGGCUCUGGAGGAGAGGCGGAGGUAUGAGGAGGGGAUUAUGAGGCAGCUUGCUGAGGAGGAGGUUAGGGAGGAGCUGGCGAGGGAGGGGAGGAGUUGGGGUCCUUCAUAG